AUGACAAGCCUGGGAGCGGUGACUGGUGUGCGCGUCUCUGUGUUCAACAGGGACGUAGUGGUGUUCUACGGCGUUCCGUACGCUGACGCCCCGCUGGGCACGGACCGCUUCUCGGCGCCGUCUCCCGGCACACCGUGGAGCGGCUACCGAGACGCCUCUGAGAAGGUGCGCGACCGCUGCCUACAACCCGCCCCAUUCUCGAUGGUCACCGACAAUACGCAAGGAUACGUCGCCGCCGAGAACUGCCUUCACGUGAACGUGUACGCGCCGGACAAAGCCAAGAACAGGUCGGUGCUGGUGAUCCUGCACGGCGGCGAGUUCCAACGGGGCUCGAACGACGACCCCAUGUACGACGGCCGCUACAUGGCGGCCGCAGAGGACGUCGUGGUGAUCGUGCCCAACUACAGGCUCAACGUGUUCGGCUUCCUCGCGACGCCCUUCUUCGGCAACGCGGCCGCUUUCGGCGGCAAUGCUGGCUCCGUCACGUUGAUCGGAGUGGACAGCGGCGCCGUCAGCGCUGGCCUGCACCUGCUGAUGCCAGUUCGUCGCCGGCUCUUCCAUCGUGUCAUCAUGCAGGGCGGAAGUCCGUUCGAGGCGACCGAGAGAGCGCCGUUCGCGGGACCACGCGAGAUAAAGGAGUACGCGGCCGCAGUCUGCACCCGCAGGACAACUCCCGCCCCCAAUCUUUCCGCGAACGUUACGACUGGCGGAAACGACACGGCUGAUGAAGAUGGCGACACGCGUUCGAUGAUCGAGUGCCUGCGAGCGGCCUCGCCAUUCACCCUCCUCCACGAGGUCGAAUCGUUCGACGGCGUUAACGAGAAACAAUUUGGCCCAGUGUACGAGCCCUGGGGCAAGGAGUCCGUGCUCGUGGCCGGCAUGCCAGUGGCCGCAGCAGAAGGCCCGGGCAAAAUGGACCCUGCGCAAGACCUACUGCCACCGAUGAACGGGACCCAGCUUAUGAUCGGACACACGGCCAACGAAGGUGAAUACUACCUGGCCUGGUUCUUCAAGGACUGGUCUUUGGCCCAGAUCGGCCACUGGCCCAGGGGAUUCGUUCGCAUCUUCGCUGAGCGCCUGGUACUGCACUUCUUCACCAGACCGAGCUUGGGUCCCGCUUGGUGGCUUUACUUCAGCGGCAGCGGCUACUCGAACGUCGACCGCUACACCCAGACGGCCGAAUUUCUGGGCGACGCCAAGGUCGUGUGCCCUUCCGGGGUCAUGGCAGACCUCGUGACGCGGCGCGGGGGCACCGUGUACCGGUACGUUGUACGAGCCACGGCGAACGACGUGCUUCCUCAGGGCGAAGGCAACGAUACGGUGCGUGUCGAAGGCGACCAGCCGAGUAACAGCACCGAGUUCUAUUACCACCACCCGACGCACUACUUUGACGCCUUGUUGACGUUGGGUGGUGCUCAGGCGCUCGGUAACAAGUUGCCCGAGAAAGUUCUGACCCGAAGCAGGCUCUUAAUGAAGAGGUCUCCAAAUGCUGGGGCUGGUGAGCCGUGGCCCAGAUACGACGCCAAGACCUAG